AUGAGCGUCUACGACGGUCUCGUUUUCAAAGGCGAGCGACCCCUUAUCCCCAAACUGAUGCGUAUGAAGAUGAAAGAACGCAUUCACAGUUCACACAUAGGACUGAACGGCUGCCUGAGAAGAGCCAGGGAGUGCAUGUACUGGCCCGGCAUGACUGGAGAACUGAAGGAGUACAUAUCACAAUGCAAGACAUGCAGCAAAUAUGAGGCAAAACAACCGAGGGAAUCCUUGAUGAGCCACGAAAUCGCAGAGCGCCCGUGGGAGAAGAUCGGUGCAGAUUUGUACAUUAUUGAUGGCAAAGACUACCUAAUUAUUGUGGACUAUUUCUCAAACUUCUGGGAAAUCGACCAUCUUCCCGACACAAAAGCGGGCACUGUCAUCAAGAAGCUGAAGUGCAAUUUCGCGAGACAAGGAAUACCAGACAUCGUGAUAAGUGACAAUGGUCCACAGUUCGCUUGCGAGAAAUUUACCAACUUUGCAAACGAAUGGGGUUUUGAGCACCGACCGGGGAGUCCUGGGCACCAACAAACGAAUGGCAAAGCAGAAGCAGCUGUCAAAGAUGCGAAACGCCUCCUGCGUAAGGCCAAAGAAGCCAAAGGAGACAUCUACCUUGCAGUGCUGGCACUGCGUAACACACCCACGGAAUCAAUGGGGACCAGUCCUGCCCAGCGGUUGUUAGGUCGACGUUGCAAAACACAACUCCCGGCAACCAAAGAGCUACUAAUGCCGCAGUCUGUACACACUGAAGCAGUAAAGAAGAAAGUCCAGGCGAGACGAGCGCGACAAGCCAAGUACUACAACAAGGGGACCCGUGACCUCUCCCCCUUAGAAGAAGGAGCUGUGGUGAGAAUGAGGCCAUUUACACUUGGACAGAAAGCAUGGGAAAAGGCAACGUACGUGCCAGUGGGCACAAUGGGCAGUGAGUGA